AUGAUGUUAAUUCUGCUCUACGGAAUCUUUGUAGUUUCCUUUAGUUAAGAGUGCACAACAACCGUUAAAGGAAUAUUUUCUAAAUAGAUAUACGAAUUUGAAAGAUCCAUCAAUCAAUUAAGAAAUGAAGUAGCAUAGGCAAGACAACCUAAUCAUUUGGGAUCAUUUGAAUAUGCUGCUAAUAUGCAAAUAACUACAUGGUCAAUUGGAUUGUCUAGAGGAGCGUAAAAUUGUGCUGAAAGAUGUCCUGAUUCUCUCAGUACUUGUAAAAACUUAAAAGGUGAUUUUGGAGUACUGUUUCAUUAAAGAACGGUAGAAUCAUCAGGAGUAGAAUGGAACCCUUAAGAAAUUGUGAAAAAGUGGAAGCAAAAUUAACAAAAUGCUGAGCAAUUAGUCAUAGCAACAAUUUCACAAUUUGGAUGUGGAAGAGCAAUUAAGAAAUCUGUAGAUAAAUACAUGGAAUAUAUUGUUUGUUUUUUUGAUUAGGCUCCUCAAGAUGGAAAAGCACCAUACAUUGUUGCCAAUGAAAAAUCAAUAGCAAAGGCUUGUAGAUUUGGUAGAUCAAAUCAAUAUAGUGGAUUAUGCGCUAGUUCCUACAAUAAAAUGCUCAUUAUGAACCCAGAACAUUCAACUAAAAUAUUUGAAAGUUUAGAUGAAUCACAAGGAUAAUGA